UUUAGACAGACAGCAAACAUGCUGAGGAUCCUGUUGUUGAGUGUGCUGGCCGCUAUAGGGCUGACUGAGCCCAGAUAUCUGGAGGAUCUGGCCAUUGAGGAAAGGGUUAUUGGUGGAGAGAUCGCAAAACCCCACUCUUGGCCAUGGCAGAUCUCUCUCCAGUACCAAUCUGGUGGAAGAUACCAUCAUUAUUGUGGUGGGACUCUGAUCAGACCAGGAUGGGUGAUGGUUGCCGCCCAUUGCGUCGACACUUCCAGAAUAUGGAGUGUUGCCUUGGGCGACCACGACACCACCACUCAUGAGGGUCCCGAGCAGUACAUAAGCGUCAAGGGUGUCUUCAUACACCCCAACUGGAACCCCAACAUUGUCGCAAAUGGAAAUGAUAUUGCUCUUCUGCAACUGUCCAUCAAUGCCACUCUGAGCUCAUACGUGCAGGUGGCCACACUGCCAUCCUAUGGAGAGAUUCUGCCCUACGGCCACACAUGCUACAUCACUGGAUGGGGCCGCACGCAGACUGGUGGUUCGCUUUCCGCUCAGCUGAAACAGGCCUAUAUGCCUGUGGUUGACCACGAAACCUGCUCUCAAAGUGACUGGUGGGGAAGCACAGUGAAGGACAGAAUGAUUUGUGCUGGCGGCACCACCAGCAUGUCUGCAUGUCAUGGUGACUCUGGUAGUCCUCUGAACUGUCUGUUCAAUGGUGAGUAUGUCGUUCAUGGAGUGACCAGUUUUGUGGCUUCAUCGGGUUGCAAUACCUACAAGAAGCCAACAGUCUUCACACGUGUGUCAUACCAUGUCAGCUGGCUAAAUCACAUCAUGUACGAGAACGGAGAAGAUAUAAAAGACAGAAUGCCGUUUUCCCACAUCUAACAUCUGCUAUUACCAGUAAUACAACAAACUUCACAUCUAAUCUUAGACUGCUUCUGAAUAUUUUUUUCAGAAUGAUUAGGAUGGUGUGUCUUCAUUUAAUCCAGUUAAAUAAAUCGAAACGUUUAGGUGCCAUGCAGUGCAUUGCUUCAUUAUGUAUUUUUUCUCUGACACCUAUAUAGUAGGCAUGUGGCUUAGAUAAGUUCAAAAAUUCUCCUGAAAUGGAUUUACAUGCCUAUUUAUUAGCCCUGAAUAUAACACUAAAAUCAGAAGGUCCAUAUUGACCAAAUUUGGAAAGGUCGCGCCUGCUUUCUCAAACACAUACACACACCUAGAUGUGCUCUGAAAUAAAUGUGUAAAAUAAACACA